GCGGCGCCAUUAAAAACAGGGAGCAAGAGGAGGAGGGAUCGGCGGCAUCGGCGCGCUCGGCCGGGGCCGCCAGCGGGGCCGGGGCCUCGGCGGGGAGGCGGCGGCACCGGGGGUGGCCGGUACGGGGCGGCGGCGGCGGCGCCAUGUCGGAUCAGCAGUUCGCUCUGGACUCAGCGGCGGUGGCGGCCGGCGCCGGGGGCAGCGCGGCGGAGCCGGCGGAGCAGCCUGAGGGGCAGGCGGGGGCGGGGAGCACCGAUGGGGGAGGCGGCGGCGGCGGCGGGAUCGAGUCGGAGGGAGCCAAGAUCGACGCCAGCAAGAACGAGGAGGACGAGGGGAAAAUGUUCAUUGGUGGCCUUAGCUGGGACACAACGAAGAAGGAUCUGAAGGACUACUUCUCUAAGUUUGGUGAAGUUGUAGACUGCACUCUGAAGUUGGACCCCAUCACUGGGAGAUCAAGAGGCUUUGGUUUUGUACUCUUCAAAGAAUCAGAGAGUGUGGAUAAGGUCAUGGACCAGAAAGAACACAAGCUGAAUGGAAAGGUCAUUGAUCCAAAAAGAGCUAAAGCCAUGAAAACAAAAGAACCCGUGAAAAAGAUUUUCGUUGGGGGCUUAUCUCCAGACACACCUGAGGAGAAAAUACGGGAAUAUUUUGGAGGUUUUGGUGAGGUCGAAUCCAUAGAGCUCCCCAUGGACAACAAAACUAACAAGAGGCGUGGAUUUUGCUUCAUUACUUUCAAGGAGGAGGAACCAGUGAAGAAGAUAAUGGAAAAGAAAUACCACAAUGUUGGGCUUAGUAAAUGUGAAAUAAAAGUAGCCAUGUCAAAGGAACAGUACCAGCAGCAGCAGCAGUGGGGGAGUCGGGGAGGAUUUGUUGGAAGAGCUCGAGGGAGAGGUGGAGGCCCCAGUCAAAACUGGAACCAGGGAUACAGCAACUACUGGAAUCAGGGGUAUGGGAACUAUGGUUACAACAGCCAAGGGUAUGGUGGUUAUGGAGGAUAUGACUACACUGGUUACAACAACUACUAUGGAUAUGGUGACUAUAGCAAUCAGCAGAGCGGUUAUGGGAAAGUAUCUCGGCGAGGCGGUCAUCAAAAUAGCUACAAACCAUACUAAAUUAUUCCAUUUGCAACUUAACCCAAACAGCGGGAACUUCCUUGCAGGCCCUGUGUCGCGCUGACUUCACGAUUCUCACAGGCCCGCUCAAUGCGGACAGGGUACGAGAUGCUCACGCUCUCGAAUGCUGCCGUUUGGUGGAGACGCAGUAUUUUCUCAUUUGAAGAUUCAUUUGAGGUGGCACAUGCUACCUGCUAAUAGCAGUUGAAACUAAUUUUUGUAUCAAGUCCAUGAAUUGGAAGUAAGACGUUGGGUCCCUCUGAAGUUUAAUUGAGUUUUCAUUAAGACAAAAUUGCUUUCAUGGUCUUAUUUCUUAAUUGCUAUGCUUAAGAAUCAGUUUGUUUUAUGCCCCUUCCUCAGUAUUGUAGCUCAAGUCUUGUGUUCCAAAGCCCAGUGUGACAGUGUCAUGAUGUAGUAGUGUCUUACUGGUUUUUUAAUAAAUCUUUUUGUAUAACU